AGUUUCUGUGCCAAACACAUGCGACAAAUGUAGGAACAAAAUAGAUUACAACAUGAAUUAUACAUUCACCCCCCCCCAGUAUAUCGCCUUGUGAUUUGCACCUGAACUAGAUUUGGCUGCAGCUCGUUCUGUCUCGUUAGAUCACCUGGGCCGGGGCGGCAGGGCAUAUAACCUGCAGGAUAGGAGCUGGGAGGGGGCAGUGUGUGCGGAUCAGAAGAACAAGAGAUGCAAAACCAAGUGGCUAGUGGGAAGGGAAAGAAGCCUGUGCUUAGCUGCCCCUCUGUAGGGUGUCCGGCCAAAUAUAGGAAACAAAUAAGGCUGCGAGAGCAUGUGGCCAAACACACCGGACAGAAACCAUGGCGCUGUGAUAGACCAGGGUGUGGUAAAGCCUUUUUCCACAGACCCCAGUUUCUAAGGCACUGGCAGAAACACCUGGGACUGAAGAAGUAUAUCUGUCCAUCUGCUGACUGCCGGGCUGCGUUUAUGACAAAGGACAACCUGAAACGUCACCGAAAGUAUAAACAUGCGGUGGCUGACCCCUUUAAGUGCUCGGAGAAGGGGUGUACAAAGACCUUCAGAAAGAAAAAGGCCUUAAAGCAGCACCUCCCAGAACAUGGCGGGGAACCUCAGUUUCGCUGUGACCAGCCCGGCUGUGAAUGGAAGUCCAACUCUAAAGCCAAACUUGCAGGCCAUAUUCGGCGCCAUAAUGGUUACAGGUGUCCUUUCCAAGGAUGUCAAACCACCUCUCCAACAUGGUCUGCCCUGCAGAAGCAUCGCAAGACUCAUCAAGUGGACUUUAAAUGUGCUGAGUGCAAAAAGCCCUUCAAGAACAAGAGCAUCCUGAGGAGGCACAAACUAACCCACAUGAUCAAACCUCCGGUCUACACCUGCCCCCGUGAGGACUGUAAGCAGACGUUUACCAUGGUCUUCAAUCUGACUCAUCAUGUGCGCAAGAACCAUCUCUGUCUGCAGCCGUACCGCUGCUACCACGCCGGGUGCGAACGCACUUUUGCGAUGAGGGAAAGCUUGCUUCGUCAUCUUGUUGUGCAUGAUCCAGAGAGGAAAAAGCUGAAGCUUAAAUUCAACCUCAACCCCAAAAAGAGGAACAUGAGAAGAGCCCAUCGCCCAUUGCCGAUUGUGGAGCAAAAUCUAAGUCGCCUCUUUAAUCUGAAACUUGGUUUCCGGCGCAAAAUCCAGCUGGAGAGCAACCUUUCUGGCCUGUUCAAUGAGCGAAAGCUGCGGGAUCCUGCAGAGCCGGAGGUGAACCUGAGCGACCUGUUCCAGCUGCCUCCUGCCCGGGCCAGGACCGAAAAAGCUGCCUGACCACACAAAGGUCCAGAUUAGAGAUGAGUGAACUUACAGUAAAUUCGAUUCGUCAUGAACUUCUCAGCUCGG